AUGGAGGAGGUGGUGAAGGUGAAGGAGGUGGUGGUGACUUAUAGUAAUAUGGUGGAGGAGGCGAGGGAGAUGGUGGGGGUGGAGAUUUGUAGUAAUAUGGAGGAGGUGGUGAAGGUGAUGGUGGGGGCGGGGACUUGUAAACAUAGGGAGGUGGUGGUGAUGGGGAUGGUGGUGGUGGUGACUUAUAGAUAUAGGGUGGAGGUGGUGAAGGGGAAGGUGGAGGAGGAGAUUUGUAAUAAUAUGGAGGAGGUGGUGAAGGUGAUGGUGGAGGUGGGGACUUGUAGUAAUAUGGAGGAGGUGGUGAUGGGGAUGGAGGUGGAGGUGACUUAUAGAUAUAGGGUGGAGGAGGUGAAGGGGAAGGUGGUGGUGGAGAUUUGUAGUAAUAUGGGGGAGGUGGUGAAGGAGAUGGUGGUGGUGGUGAUUUGUAGACAUAGGGUGGGGGAGGUGAAGGUGAUGGUGGGGGUGGAGACUUGUAGACAUAUGGUGGGGGAGGAGAAGGAGAUGGAGGAGGUGGGGACUUGUAAACAUAAGGGGGAGGUGGUGAUGGGGAUGGAGGGGGUGGUGACUUGUAAACGUAAGGUGGGGGAGGAGAGGGAGAUGGAGGAGGUGGAGACUUGUAAACAUAUGGAGGGGGUGGUGAUGGAGAGGGGAGGGGGCGGUGAGUUAUAA